AUGUAUGACACUCUAUUAGAGUUCAUCCUACCGGUCUCUUCCAAUUUUCAACAUCCCUCAGAUCAUCCAUUAUUCAGAUGGAGCUCCCUUAAUGCUCUUGUCUAA